AAACAAACAGCGCUGCGAGAAGGACGUAAUCUUGCGAGUGAUCGAAAACUUUCUCCUGUGCUAUCAGAGAAUUUUAUCACACCAGCAUCCGAAUUUUAGACAAUUUAUUGAUUGAGAAAUGUCCAGUGAAGUUCCAGUAAUACAUUUCCUAGAGCCCAUGAAAAGUGUUUGUCGAUGCGAAAGGUGCUAAAUUCCACACAAAAGUGACCGGUUUUCUGUGGAUACAAGAGAUUAUCUGUGAAUAAUAAAAUUAAGAGUGGCUAUUUAUACUGCUCUAUCGCAGUUCUUUGCAAGUUUCAUUGCCACAGAAUCAAUCAAAUGGACUAAAAUUACAAAGUUUUUCGUGGUGUGUGCAAAGGCAAGACGUCAAAAAAGGGAAGAGAAGAAAAGAAGCAAAACAUUUCAACCAUUUUCUUCUUUAUCUCUUCUUGGUGUAUGUGGAGGUGAAUCUCCUCGAGGAAUCGCAUAUUUCAGCAGCUAAAUCCACUUUUCAGGUGUGUUUCCACGGGUCGAGAGAGGCCAAACUGGUGAAAAAUAUGGACAGAGUCGCCCAGAAAUUCCAUCUCAGCUGAAAAUAGAAGAUAACGUCAUGAUGUCUUCGCGGCGGAUAUUUCCUAUGGCGCUGCUGCGAUGGCGGAUCGCGCUUCUCGUAGUGCUCAAUUUGGCCCUGGCGGCCGCGACAACGUCGAUACCAUCAUCGAAACUGCGCCUGUACAUGGUGCGAUCGCCGGAGACCACAGUGGCUCCUCUUGGCGACGAGGUGCUCUUCGAGUGCGCUCUCAAUGUGGAGCCCGAGCGACUGCAGUGGCGCUUCCGGCUGCAAGGUGUUAAGAACGAACUGAUGUACCUGAACGAAACAGCUGGCUACAACAUUACAUUCAGAGACGGCGUGAGUAAGCUGAGGAUCUACGUGAGUCCCAAGACGAUUGGAGAAUACCAGUGCAUUGCUUGGUACGGAGCCUCGGCCUUGGCGUCUGUUUCUGCCAAGCUCACGCUAGCCACAAUUUCCCUGGGCAGUGACAACAACAUCUUCGAGCAAGAUGCCUUUGGCGUGAAUAUUCUCGAAGGAUCGCCCAAGAGGCGAAAUCAUCCUCCUCAAAUUGUUCACUGGCAAGUGUCGCCUGGGAACAGCGUUAUCAUUAAGUGCGGUGAUAUAGUGUCGAAUCCUCCUCCAGUUUGGAGUUAUUUCAAAGACAACGUCCAAAUCCGUUCGUCUGUUCUUCAACUGUCUUCGGGCGCUCUCAUCCUUACAUCCUUAACACCCAAGGAUUCAGGAUCGUACUGGUGUUCUGCAGUGAAUAGUAUCACAGGAACGGAGAUCAAGAUCCCCAGAAGAACUGAUCUCAAUGUCACACACACGCCAAGAGCGGCUCCCAGCUUCCUUUCUCAGCCACCACUGGUGAUCACGGUGAAGCCGGGCGCCACAGCCAUCCUGGAGUGUCCUGGAAUUGGGAACCCAGUGCCACAAGCCGUUUGGAGUCGCCCAGACGUGUCUAUUCUGAACAAUCGAACUCUCUUCGUGCCAUACGGACUGCAGAUAAUGAAAGUCACGCCUGAGGAUCGAGGAAAUUACGUUUGUAGACUUGACAACGGAAUCUCUCCGGUUCUGGUUCACACCAUUCGACUGGAUGUCCUCGAAGUGCCGACGAUAAUCGAAGGGCCUCGAGCUACUCUCACCAAUGAGAGUGACAUGCUUCAUCUCGACUGCCACGCAAAGGGCUAUCCAGAGCCCAUGAUCACGUGGAUGAUCAAUGGAGUGGACGUUCAAUGGGAUUCGCUGAUCCACACGAACAAAUCGAGUCUCUUUAUAAAGUCUGUACAGAAGAGACAUGCGGGUAUUGUGCAGUGUUUCGCCAAGAAUGCAGCAGGAGAAGUGAAUGAAGGAAAUCUUCUGCAAGUCAAUCCCAAACAGAUUCCCGGAGAAAUUGAGGUCUCUCCACUUGGAUCUGUUCCUGAAUCGACAAAGUCCAGCAUUGAUCAUCCGGGAAAGUCUAAAGGCAACAACAGGAAAAAGCACAAGCAUCCUGUUAUGAUUCCUCCAUCGCGACCGAGUGUGACCAGGCUUUCCGAUGAGUCCGUGAUGGUACGCUGGACUGUGCCAUCGGAGGAGGGACUGCCCAUUCAAUUCUUCAAGGUGCAGUACAGAAUGUUGGGGGAUCCGGCGAGGAAGAUCACGAGAACUCAGUGGAUGACCUGCAGCGAGGACAUUCCGCCGCAUGUGCGAUCGUACGAAGUGCAGGGACUCAAACCCGAUCAACUCUAUCGCUUCCGGAUAGCCGCGGUGUACUCAAACAAUGACAACAAACUGGGCAACACAUCUGGGAAGUUCCACUUGCAGAAGGCGUCGCAGUUGAGCGUGGCCAAGAGUCACUUGGCGGCGCCCAAUCUGCAGAAGGUCGACGGUGUCACGGAGACGGCGAUUAUGCUUUACUGGGCCUUUCCGGCGAAUCCGCCCACGCCCAUUGACGGAUUCUACAUUCACUUUCGUCCAGCGUCAACGGCGGGCGAGUACUCGAAGGCCACGGUGGAUGGGAUGAGCAUUCGACACUUCCUCAUGGAUUAUCUAGAGCCGGGAACGGCGUAUGAGUUCAAACUGCAGAGCUUCACGUCUUCAGCGGCAUCGGAAUUCAGCUCAAUUCUCACUGGGAAGACCCUGAAGCCCAUGCCAGCGCCCACAGUCACGCCUUCAGUUGUGGCAGCAUCGGAAUCCUCGCCGAACACCUCGUCCAACCUGCCAUUGAUAGCUAGCGCUGCUGGUGCUGGAUUUCUCCUGCUUCUGGUGAUCAUUGCGCUGUGCGUGUGUCUGAAGAAGCGGAAGAAGUCUCAGACUGACGAUGGUGUGACUGAGAGCAAGGCGCAUCCGGAUCACAUUCAAGCCGAACCGAAUGGAUUUCCUGGCGGUGGACGAGUUCUGGGCUCGCCAAUACACAAGAGCAGUCGUCUGAAUGGUGUUGUGCCGCGCAUGAAUAUCACUGCGAAUCCUCUCGCUCAGGAGGGUGACAAGAAUCGCAAUGUGAUGGAGAUGCGCUUCCUGCCCAACUCGAUGCCCACUCCAGUGGCGGCCAGUCCUGGUCUGCAGCAGAACAACAAUUGUCCUCCGCAGACGCUGCUAGUGGAGCGUCGCGGCAACGUGCGUCCGUACAACAACGGCGACGUGAAGGUGCCAAUCACGCAGACCGACAGCUCGUCCAUGAGGCGCACCAGGAAGCAUCCGACGGGUAUUCCUGUGCCCAGCAGUCCGCGGAUGAUGCACCACAACCGCUCGCCGAUGCCCAUCCGGGCGCAAACGGGCGCCAAGAGGCCGCAAACGGCGCGCCUCGGGACGCACGCGGAGAACAUCUCCUCCGGAAGCCUAAACAGUAUUGAAGUGUGAGC